UGGCCACGGCGCCUGCGCGGAGCGGCCGCGCGGCUCUCUGCGCACGCGCUUAGCUUGGGCGCGCGGCCGGAGUCCCGCACGGGUGCGGUGAGGGGAGGGUCCGACGUUCUGAGCGCCCCCUUGCAAAGGGGUGUCGCACACCGGCUCGAAGGUGGUGGCGAACAGCGUGGAUGGCUUUUUCUUUUCCUCAGAAAGUUUUCUCAGCCUGGCGGACGGAGGUGUGGAGUCUUGGCGCUUUCCACAAGUGCUUUUUGUCAGGAAACGAAUUAGAACUGAGGCCUUUUCGAGCCACAGGGACCCGACGAACGACUACAUUUUUCUCCCUUCAGGGAGAAGUUUCCCUCUUCAAAGCCAGUUUCCUUCUGUGGAAAGCCUCUGAGAUCCUCCCCGGGGAACCUUCUCGACUUCUCUUCGGUCGGAAUCGCCUGUUCCCUGCUCCCAAAAUGGCGCCAUAGGGCAAAGGAGUUGGGGGAAUUCAUCGCCCCCUCCCAGCCCCACAGACCCGUGGAGACAGUGCUUGCUGUACAGUUGAGGCUUCUGAACCCCGCUUCCUGCUGGACUUGGCGCCCCUGAACCCACAGAAAUCCCGGAGCAGCACACCUUUCGUUUGAGGCCACUGCAGGUCACCAACAGAGUGGCUCUGGUGGCUUUCAAGCUUGACCCCAGUGCUUGCUCAGAAGGUGAUGGUCACAAAAGUGAAGUCACAUUCCUCAUUUCAGAGCCACGCUCUGUUCUGUAGGGUUAGUUAACCCAGCUGCCCAAGGAGCACGAAAGUAAACUUGGUUUUAUUUUGUCCCACGGCCACCAAGUCUUUGGACCUAGGGAGGUGGAGAACAGAUCGAGAGAGCAGAAAGACCAUUUUAAAUUAAUUACCUCCCUCCCAGGGACAGUAUCUUGGCUCAGGAAGGACAGCACAAAUGGCAACAGAGAUUCCUCACGUGUCUGCAGGUUACAUGAACUAAUCCAGAAGUAUGUAGAGUUGGUUAUCUGGAGUCAAAAUACCAACUAUUUUAUUUAGAUCCCAGUUCUUCACAAAAGACAGUUCCUUCUUUGAAGGAGUUUAUAAUUAGGGUAGAUGAGAAUAACACACAGAUCUAUAGACGUUGAUGAAGGUGUUGCUACAAGUUGGUGCCAGGACUGGCCUCCUGAUACAUGGUCCAGAGCAUUUCCAUUACCUCAUGCCCUGGUUAUAAGAGCCACUGGAGUUACAAGGAGGUUAUGGCUAGUGGGAGAGUUGUCUGUCACCCCAGUCCUCCAUUACCAGAAUCAUUUGGUGGAUUACUGCUUCCCGUCAAUAUGCCGACUUUAGACGCUCCAGAAGGGAGGCUGAGAAAAUUCAAGUACCGGGGCAAAGAUGCGUCUAUCCGGCGGCACCAGCGCAUGGCAGUCAGCCUGGAACUCCGCAAGGCCAAGAAAGAUGAGCAGGCCUUAAAGAGAAGAAAUAUCACCAUUUUCUCCCCUGAACCAGCUUCUGGAGAGCUAACCAAAGGGGUAUGUUGGGAAUGUGGUGUCAGCCUCACCCUGCAAGAAAUAAUCAGUGGCGUGAAUGCCUCAGAUCCAGACCUGUGUUUCCAGGCCACCCAGGCAGCCAGGAAAAUGCUGUCCCAAGAAAAGAACCCUCCUCUAAAACUGAUUGUUGAAGCGGGGCUCAUCCCCAGGCUGGUGGAGUUCCUGAAGUUGUCCCCUCACCCCUGCUUGCAGUUUGAGGCAGCCUGGGCUCUGACCAACAUCGCUUCCGGGACUUCAGAGCAGACUCAGGCUGUUGUGGAAGGUGGGGCCAUCCCACCUUUGGUUGGGCUCCUGUCUUCCCCCCACAUGACCGUGUGCGAACAGGCGGUGUGGGCUCUUGGUAAUAUCGCAGGUGAUGGCCCAGAAUUCAGAGACCUUGUUAUCUCGAGCAAUGCCAUUCCAUAUCUGCUGACCCUCGUUUCAUCAACCAUACCAAUCACGUUUCUGCGGAACAUCACAUGGACCUUGUCCAACUUGUGCCGAAACAAGAACCCUUACCCUUCCGUGAAAGCCGUGAAGCAGAUGUUGCCUGUCCUGUCCCACCUCCUGCAGCACCAAGACAGCGAAAUUCUCUCGGACACCUGCUGGGCCCUGUCCUACCUCACUGAUGGCUCCAAUGAGCGCAUCAGCCAAGUGGUCAACACGGGGGUCCUACCCAGGCUGGUUCAGCUCAUGAGUAGCUCGGAGCUCAAUGUCUUGACCCCCUCGCUCCGCACCAUGGGGAACAUCGUCACGGGAACAGAUGACCAGACCCAGGUGGCCAUUGACGCGGGCAUGCUGAACGUGCUGCCCCAGCUCCUGAUGCACCCCAAGGCCUUCAUCCAGAAGGAGGCAGCUUGGGCCUUGAGCAACGUGGCUGCAGGGCCUUGCCAACACAUCCAGCGGCUGAUUGGUUGCGGCAUGCUGCCUCCCUUGGUGGCUCUACUAAAAAAUGGAGAAUUUAAAGUCCAGAAAGAGGCUGUUUGGACCGUAGCUAACUUCACAACUGGAGGCACCCUAGACCAGUUGAUCCAGCUUGUCCACUCUGGCGUCCUGGAACCACUGGUGAAUCUGCUUACCAUCCAAGACACCAAAAUUGUUAAAAUCAUCCUUGAUGUUCUCUCUUUUAUCCUCCAGGCAGCAGAGCAGCUUUCAGAGAAGGAAAACCUGUGUCUUCUGAUUGAAGAAAUGGGAGGCAUUGAUAAAAUUGAGGCUUUGCAAUUUCACGAGAACCCGCAGGUUGCCCUGACGGCUUUGAACAUUAUCGAGAACCAUUUUUCUGAGGGAGAAGAAAGCGGCGCAAUAUUACCAGACCUGGACCAAGAUCAUGAAUUCUUAAACGGCUUAACAAAAAAAUACCAAGGCCCCCCGAUUCCUAAACCAAGGAGCAAACCCUAACAGGGAACUUAAGAACCUUCUAUGUCUUGGCAUGGCACAGGUAUAAAGCAUUUUAAACUAAAUGUUAAUAAAAUUUUCAACACA